ACUCUCGCGCGCUCUCUGUAAUAACACUUCACAGCUGUCACGCCGUAACAGAAAAUGGCAACGGCGAUACCCAAACGUAACUUCCCGUCGAUAACCGAACGCAACGGAACGACGUCGUCACUGUCGCCGCGCGAGUCAAUCGCUGCUGACCUCGACGGCACGCUUCUCAUCUCCCGGAGCUCCUUCCCCUACUUCAUGCUUGUCGCCGUCGAAGCGGGAAGCCUCCUCCGUGGCUUCCUUCUCCUUCUUUCAGUUCCAUUCGUCAUCUUCGCGUACCUCUUCGUCUCCGAAGCACUAGGCAUCCAGAUCCUCAUCUUCAUCUCCUUCUCCGGCCUCAAAAUCCGCGACAUCGAACUCGCCUCACGCGCCGUGCUUCCUAGGUUUUACGCUGCGGACGUGAGGAAGGAGAGCUUCGAGAUGUUCGAUCGGUGCAAGAGAAAGGUUGUGGUGACGGCGAACCCGACGGUGAUGGUGGAGCCGUUCGUGAAGGACUUUCUCGGCGGAGACAAGGUGCUAGGAACGGAGAUCGAGGUGAAUCCGAAGACGAAGAAGGCUACGGGGUUCGUGAAGAAGCCUGGUGUGUUGGUCGGAAAGUUGAAGCGUUUGGCGAUUUUGAAAGAGUUCGGCGAGGAUUCGCCGGAUAUAGGAAUCGGAGAUCGUAAAUCUGAUCAUGAUUUCAUGUCUAUUUGCAAGGAGGGGUUCAUGGUGCAUCCAAGCAAAUCAGCCAAACCAGUCCCACAAGAGCGUCUGAAGAGCAGGUUGAUCUUCCACGACGGGCGUUUCGUCCAGAAGCCAGACCCACUAAACGCCAUAAUCACCUUCACAUGGCUCCCCUUCGGCUUCAUCCUCUCCAUCAUAAGGGUCUACUUCAACCUCCCUCUCCCCGAACGCAUCGUUCGCUACACCUACGAAAUGCUCGGCAUUAAACUCAUCAUCCGCGGCCAACGUCCUCCGCCACCCUCUCCGGGCACCCCCGGCAACCUCUACGUCUGCAACCACCGCACCGCUCUCGACCCCAUCGUCAUCGCCAUCGCUCUCGGCCGCAAAGUCUCCUGCGUCACCUACAGCGUAAGCAAGCUCUCCCGCUUCCUCUCCCCCAUCCCCACCGUGGCCCUCACGCGCGACCGUGCUGCCGACGCUGCACGCAUCACUGAGCUCCUCCAAAAGGGUGACCUUGUGGUGUGCCCAGAGGGCACCACGUGUCGCGAACCCUUCCUUCUCCGCUUCAGUGCUCUCUUUGCUGAGCUCAGUGACAGGAUCGUGCCUGUUGCCGUUGAUUGCAAGCAGAACAUGUUCUUUGGGACCACCGUUCGUGGGGUCAAGUUCUGGGACCCUUACUUCUUCUUCAUGAAUCCUAGGCCUGUUUACGAGGUUACCUUCCUUGACCCUUUGCCGGAGGAGAUGUCGGUCAAGGCCGGGGGAAAGACGUCCAUUGAGGUGGCCAAUCACGUGCAGAAGGUGUUGGGUGAUGUGUUGGGGUUUGAGUGCACCGGGUUGACUAGGAAAGAUAAGUAUAUGUUGCUGGGAGGGAAUGAUGGGAAGGUGGAGUCCAUGUACAGUGCAAAGAAGGGAUGAUGAGGUAAGGGUUUUGUUGUUAUGAGUAUGAGAUGUGGGAAGUGAUUCAAUUGAAGAUUUGGGUGAGUGAGGAAAGGAUUUUGCUUUUGUUUGAUUGUUUUGGGAGUUUAUUGAUAUAGAAAUAGUUUAGCUAGCUGGCAAAUAGCAAUUUGUAUUUUUGGUUAACCCCUUUUGAGAUGGGGUUUUGUUAUGGAUUAUUAAUGAUUUUAAGUGUUUUAGCACGUUAUUGCAAACUUUU